AUGGCGGUGAAGAUGUGGGUGUUAAUGGCACUGAUGAUGAUGUGCGCUGGUGUAGGGCUUGGUGCUCCUGAUGGUGGGGCUGCCGCCGGCGAUGGCCUCGGCAGCCUGAGCUCGCCAAACUACAACGACGCGUUGGCCAAGGCCAUCAUGUUCUUCGAGGGGCAGCGGUCGGGGCGGCUGCCGGCGAACCAGAGGGUCAAGUGGCGCGGGGACUCGGCGCUCAACGACGGCCAAGCCGAAAACGUGAACUUGACGGGCGGCUACUACGACGCCGGCGACAACGUCAAGUUCGGCUUCCCGAUGGCGUUCAGCGUCACCCUGCUGAGCUGGAGCGCCAUCGAGUACCGCGACGAGGUGGCGGCGGCGGGUCAGCUCCGCUACCUCCGGUCGGCGAUUCAGUGGGGCGCCGACUUCCUCCUCCGUGCCCACACCUCUCCGACCACCCUCUACACUCAGGUUGGCGACGGCAACGCCGACCACCAGUGCUGGGAGCGGCCGGAGGACAUGGACACGCCGAGGACGCUGUACAAGAUCACCAGGAGCUCGCCCGGGUCCGAGGCCGCCGGCGAGGCCGCGGCGGCGCUCGCCGCCGCGUACCUGGUGUUCAGGGACGACAGGGACAAGACCUUCGCCACGCAGCUCCUCGCCGCGUCCAGAUCCCUCUUCGACUUCGCCAACAACUACAGGGGAUCCUUCCAGUCCUCCUGCCCGUUCUACUGCUCCUACUCUGGUUUUCAGGAUGAGCUCCUCUGGGCCUCGGCAUGGCUCUACCGGGCGACAAGGGACAGGAAAUACCUCGACUUCCUGCAGAACAACCAGGGCGGCAGUUCAAACAUGUUCAGCUGGGACAACAAGUAUUCUGGAGCUCAGAUGCUUGCAACACAGGAGUACUUGGCUGGAAGGACAGAGCUGGUAGGCUACAAGAGGGGCCUGGACUCCUUUGUCUGCGCCGUGAUGCCCAACAGCGGCAACACACAAAUACGCACAACUCCUGGAGGGCUUCUGUUUACAAGCGAUUCAGUCAAUAUGCAGUACACUGCGACAGCAACCCUGCUGUUGUUCAUCUACUCGAAGACGCUGAGUUCUUCGGGCUCCGGCACAGUCCAGUGCAGCGGAGCAAGUUUCUCUCCAGAUCAGAUCAGUUCAUUUGCAGCAUCACAGGUGGAUUACAUCCUGGGGGAUAAUCCAAUGGGCAUGUCCUACAUGGUUGGCUUCAGCUCUAAGUUCCCAAAGCGCAUUCAUCACCGCGGCUCAUCGAUCCCGUCGAUCAAGGUUCUGCCAAGGAAGGUAACUUGCAAUGAGGGGUUCUCAUCAUGGCUCCCGACAAGCGACCCGAACCCGAACGUCCAUGUCGGUGCCAUUGUUGGCGGACCUGAUGGGAAUGACCAGUUCCCUGAUAACAGGGGGGAUUCCACACACUCCGAGCCAGCAACAUACAUCAACGCAGCAUUUGUGGGUGCCUGUGCUGCUGCUCUGGGGCAGAACUAUGUGCAGGGGCAUGUGGACGACAUCGCGUCAGUGAUAUCAUCUAACUAG